AUGACAGACGGAACCUCUGAGGAGGUUGUACCCCUGUGUAGCGAGCCUUUCAUCGUCCGGCUUGAUGAGACGGUGGUUAUCCUGAUGCCAGAAGACAAUGCGAGUGUCGUUUGUGGUGCUUCUGCUCGUGCUGGGAGUGCUCACGCCGCGGGCACACGCCAAGAAGCUCAGGACAAAGGCUCCCAAAGGCACCAAGUGGUGGGUGUGAAAAACUUCAUGAGACGAGAGUGUAAAUGUCACGGCCUGUCAGGAUCGUGCACACUGAAGACCUGCUGGAAGAAAAUGCCUCCGUUUCGAGAGGUCGGGAACCGGCUCAAGGAACGCUUCGACGGCGCCAUCAGGGUCAUCAUCUCUAACGACGGGAAAAACAUCAUCCCGGAGGGGCUGACCAUCAAACCGCCUUCCCGCCACGACCUGGUGUACUCAGAUCCGUCGCCAGACUUCUGCAAGAAGAACAAGAAGGUGGGCUCUCUGGGCACCAGGGGCCGGGAGUGUGAGCCGGACUCCAUGGGGGUGGGAGGCUGUGACUUGCUCUGUUGUAACCGCGGCUACUCGCGGACUUCGGUGACGAUGAAGGAGAAUUGCAAGUGUCGGUUUCUGUGGUGCUGCGAGGUGAUCUGUGAGACGUGCGUGAGCACCAAGAUUCUCAACAAGUGUUUGUAACCGGAGGACACAACGAGAGGGGGGAGGGUGGGUGUGAGUGAGGUGCUGGCGUAGCUGUAGACACACACGCACACGCACACACACACGCAUGCUGUUCCUUGACAAAGUGAAUUGUCUUCAAGGCUGUGAGAUUGAGAGUUCGUCUUUCUCUGACAGCCGACCUCGAAAAAUGAACUGUUUGGCUUGAGAAUGGUGUGCUGAAUAUUGACUUAAUUGUGACAUAAGUUCGUGUUUUCGACAGGCUGAGUGCUGCUUGAAAUAAGCGACAACAAAAUAGGCUUCCACCUUGAGGCCAAUGAUGAUUACACCGUUAUCGGGAGCCACAAGGAGGACACGUGAUACUUCUGAAAGUCUAAUUGUCCAAGUGCUGAUGAGAUGACAACCGCUUACAGUGGGAAUACUUCUGAGCGUCCCCGGAACAAUGUAACACUUCUGGAGUGUAUGUUUGAGGAGCCCUGUACCUCUGUGAAUCAUGACAUGAAGUCUUUGGUCCCAAUGUAAAACGAUGCAAGUUUCCUACAAUUCUGCCUCCUCAGCAAUGAUAGCUGUGACCUAGGCAUUUUGUUUGGCUUAUGUGUUGGCCUUAAUACAUACUUGCCUUACAAAUAUACAACCCGAAAUAGAUCAGACUUACGACAUGAUAGUGUGUUCACUUGAUGUAUUCGAAAGAAUAUGACCAUGAUGUGUCAGAUUAUGUUUUCUGCAUAUCCAAGGUAUUAAAUCAUCCUUUAGGGAUAUCUUAUGGCCAGUAGACCAUUCAUUGUGUACAGCUGACAAAACGGGGCAUGUUCUCCGAGUCGAACUGUCGAUAUUGUCUAGACAGAUGAUGUCAGAAAAUCAGAUGUCCGAAGAGACUCAGCGAUCUAAUUUUUAGACCGUCUGCCGAUGACAUGAGAAACCAAUACAGACAACUGCAUAUCUGCCAAGAAGGAGAGCUGAGGGAAUAUAUUUUCUCUCACUCAUACAACUGUAUUAAACAAUUGCAAUCUGACUCUUUUCUGGCGCCUCCGUAUUCUGAAACAGAUGCAGGCCGAACAGAACUGGCAUGGGUAAAAAGACGAAUAUAUUGCUUAUUUCGGCAGAAUUGUUUCAGUACUGACAACAAAAAACCGGUUUGUGUUUUGAAAACUUUCAAAACAGUUAUAUAUACCGAAGUCUGCAUGUUCAAGUGAAAUCAUAUUGUAAGAUAGUCGAGCCAAUAUCAAAACAGACGAAAUGUAAAACCUAUUCAAGCUGAACCGAGGAAAAGCGAUUGAAUUGAGAGUUAACGUAAACUGGCACGGAUCAAAACUUUAGGGUUUGGAAUCCCUUUAUACUGUCAUAAUCCUUAACGACCAUACACUUAUUUCAGCUACAACUAUAGUCUGUUGAUCCAGUGUCUAACUCACCUACUAUAGAAGGGCUUCGUGGAAAUGGACAUGCGUGAUAACGGACAUGAUACAUGUCCAUAGCUUUCACCGGGCGGCUGUCGUUAAACAGCUGCAAAAGGCUGGACUGGUACAUCGUUGGUAGAGACAAAUUAUAAUAAACGUACUUGCGAGUUACUGUUUAAUCGACGGUUGGAGAUACAGAGCUGUCUUACCUGCAAGUUACUGUUUCCUUGUGCGCUUUACCACCAGCAAUGAAACUUCUUUUUUUAUCCCUUGCCCAUUUAUAUGAGAUCGACGCCUUCUGAUUAGUAGAAAAAAG